GUGUUGCUGACCCCUGGACUUGGGCGUGCUAGAAUGUAGUUGUGUAGGGCAGUGGUCCCCAACCUUUUUAUCACCGCGGACCGGUCAACGCUUGGCACAUUUUACCGCGGCCCGGGGGGGGGUUGGUGCGGCGCGUUAGUGCACCGACCCUUUGAGAGUUACGUGCGUACGUUUUACAUGCCUGCACAGAUACAGAUACACCACAAAAACUAAUAUAAAGUGCAUGGACAUUUUUACUCACCAUAAUGCCAAAUCAAUGGGAGCCCUGCAAGUGGCGAAGCAGUUUUGAAGGCUUCAUUUCCUCAUUAGCAAGCCGGUCGCCGCAUAUUAUGCAGAGCGAGCUUGGAAUAUGGGAAUCACCUGCCGCGAUAAACCCAUAUUUUAAGUAGGUCUCCUGGUAUUGUCUGGUAAAAGUUUUCUUUUUCUUUGAACUCGUAGGCUCUUCUUCUGUCUCUUCACUAGACCUUUUCCCUUUCGCAAAAAAAAAAUCCAAAGACGUCUGUUUCUUACUCAUUUUGCUAGCUUGUGGGUUAAAAUUGGGCGCACAAGUGACCGGGAUGCAAACGAGCGAAUCCGGUCAUUUUUCAAAAUAAAAGUUUUUUCAAAAUAAAAGAUCGUUCAUACUCUGAUAAUAAAUAAAACGGAAAUUAUUAAUUAAUUCUUGUACGGCCCGGUACCAAUUGAUCCACGGACCGGUACCGGUCCGCGGCCCGGGGGUUGGGGACCACUGGUGUAGGGUAAUUAGAACAAGAUUAACGUUACAUGUCGCUGCACACUCCGGUACAGUAGGUGGCGGUAUGCACCUAGGAAAGUUGGUUGCGAGCCGCCAUUUAAAACCCAAAGAAGGAGAAGGAGGAGGAGGAGAAGAACCGUCAGCAGCACAGAGGAGCAGCGGAGACAUCAGAUUAUUCUCUUUCAGGAUUAAAACAUACAAGAAGACACGAAGACUCACACGGAUCGAUAGACACGGAUCGAUACGAAACAGUCCGUCAUGGAGUCAUAUGACAUUCUAGCUAACCAGCCCGUUGUCAUCGAUAAUGGUUCAGGGGUUAUCAAAGCUGGUUUUGCAGGUGACCAGAUCCCCAAAUACUGCUUCCCUAACUAUGUGGGGCGUCCCAAGCAUGUGCGCGUGAUGGCAGGAGCCCUGGAGGGAGACCUCUUCAUCGGGCCCAAGGCAGAGGAGCACAGGGGCUUGUUGUCGGUCCGCUAUCCGAUGGAGCACGGCAUCGUGAAGGACUGGAAUGACAUGGAGAGGAUCUGGCAGUAUGUCUAUUCCAAAGAGCAGCUGCAGACCUUCUCUGAGGAGCAUCCUGUGCUGCUGACUGAAGCUCCUCUGAACCCUAGCCAGAACAGGGAGAAGGCUGCAGAGGUUUUCUUUGAGACAUUCAAUGUUCCUGCUCUCUUCAUCUCCAUGCAGGCCGUUCUCAGCUUGUACGCCACUGGUCGCACCACCGGUGUGGUGUUGGAUUCGGGGGACGGUGUGACUCACGUGGUUCCGAUCUACGAGGGCUUUGCCAUCCCUCACUCCAUCAUGCGCGUAGACAUCGCCGGCAGAGACGUAUCGCGGUACCUCCGCCUGCUGCUCCGCAAGGAAGGAACCAACUUCAACACGUCAGCAGAAUUCGAGGUGGUUCGCACCAUCAAGGAGCGAGCCUGUUAUCUGUCUCUUAACCCACAAAAGGACGAGACUUUAGAAACGGAGAAGGCCCAGUACGUCCUGCCUGACGGAAAACCUUUAAAAAUCGGUCCGGCCAGGUUCCGCGCUCCAGAGCUGCUAUUCAGACCCGACCUGAUCGGAGACGAAAGCUUGGGGAUCCACGAGGUCCUGGCCUACGCCAUCCAGAAGUCUGACAUGGACCUCCGACGCACACUGUUCAACACCAUCGUCCUGUGUGGGGGUUCCACUUUAAUCAAAGGCUUUGGGGAACGACUACUGACUGAAGUCAAGAAGCUCGCUCCCAAAGAUGUGAAGAUCAAGAUUUCUGCUCCCCAAGAGAGGCUCUACUCCACAUGGAUUGGCGGUUCUAUUCUGGCAUCGUUGGACACCUUUAAAAAGAUGUGGGUGUCAAAGCGUGAAUAUGAAGAAGACAGAGCACGUGCCAUCCACAGGAAGACCUUCUAGUAGGAUCCUUUGCUCUCAGAACUACCCUCAAAUCUCUCAUCAACACUGCAGACACCUGUCAUCUCCGGGAUCCUUUGCAACAACUGCUUAGCCCCCCCCCCCCCCCGUUCUUCUUCCUGCUGUAGAGCCACAUCCACUACAGAGGGCUGUCAGCACUGUGGACAUACUUUACUAUCAGUAGUCCACAUUUGGAAGUAUUCAAGCUCUGCAAGGCCUCAAACAUGAUGAAAUGUCAAUAAGCCUGAUUGUCUUUUUUGUUUUUGCUGCUGUUGAAAUUUCCAUUCCAGACCGAAGAUUUAGAUUUUUAUUUGUGUAUUUUGUUGCCUUUUUUCCUGGAUUACUUGGUCCAGACCAACGGUUUGCAGUAGUUAAGCAGUGCUGUGAAACAUUAAGGGUUAACUUUAACUGUAUUAUAUAUCGGGCUGAAACCUCCAAGUUAAAGUUAAUGCGCUUCAUUUAUCGUCCGGCUGAUGAUCUUCCUUUUUAUUACCACUGAAAUGUUUUACAUGACAUCACAUUGUGUUUAGGAGGAAAAUGUUCAGUCAGCUUUUUGGAUAAAAAAGAAAGUUUCCCUUUUACAGCCUGGAGGAGGAAACUGUGUUUAUGUUGUUGUUAUAUCUAACUCUACACAGGGCUCAAAAAGUUAUCUGAAUAAACUUCAAAUUGAAACUUAGAAAGUAAUCUCCCUAUAAACCUAAAAUAAAGGCAGCACAGAAGUUUAUUACUAGAUAAUAAACCUCUGUGCAAGUUCAAUGUGUACUUCCUGCUUGUGUUUGUUUUGUAUCCGUAGUGUUAAAGGUCGGGUUGGGCUUUAGGAGCUUGUGCUGAUGAUGUCAGUUUGUUUCUCAACUACAACAGAAGUGACGAGUGAAAGCUUGUUGUGACUCAAAGUCAGAAUUCGAUCGGGUCAAAAAAUGCUUGAUUGUCUUCUUUUAAAUGUUUUUUUAUUUAAUGCAACAUUCAGAUGAUGAACAAGUAGCAGCAGUCUGAGUUCCUCCACUCCAAUGCAUGUCGGUUAAUGUUGUACAGUUAAAGAUGUGUGGAUGGUGAAACACUGAGAGCCCCCCUUCCCCGUCCCCUCCCCUGUGUACUGGUAGAAGUCUGGAUUCUAGGAUUUCCCUGGAUCUCGAUGACAGUGAAGGGGUCGUCUGCUUCAAAGAGAGACAGGCUGUGUGAGGUCCUCAGCCUUGUGUACAGUGGAACACUUUUCAAAAACAACCGCCACGAAACCGUAAGACGACAGACUAAAAGUGUACACUACGGUUUAUUCAAGCGUUUGCUUUUACUUUUCGUAAAUUCAAUAUAAUAAAUAAGUUAAUGGCU